AUGACAACCAAUAUCUCUCAGAUGCCUAGCCAUGUAAGUUGGCCACUUCCAGUAUUGCUGCUGUACUUUUCAUCUCUACUGCUAAUGGAGGGUUGGUGCUAUGCAGCCCCAUCCGGCCCGGAGUCAGACACCUGCUCCACGCUGGUCCAGAGCCGUUUUUUCGGCUUCUUCCUUUCCUCCUCAGUAUUCCCCACGGUGCCCUGUUCCUGGACCCUGCAGAAUCCUGAUCCACGGCGCUAUACUAUCUUCAUCAAGGUGACCAAGCCUACUGAAGACUGUUUACCUCUGCAGCUUCGCACCUUCCAGUUUGACUCCUUCCUGGAGACCACGCGCACCUACCUGGGCAUGGAGAGCUUUAACGAGGUAGUGAAGUUGUGCGACACCUCCUCUCCGGUAGCCUUUUUGGAGGCUGGAAAACAGUUCCUCCAGAUGAGGAAAGGGUAUCCACAGGGGGGCACAACUGUAACAAAUGGUGAUGGGAACUUCAAAACAGAGUACCUGGUGGUGGGCAAACGUAACCCCAGCAUGGCCGCCUGUCAAAUGCUGUGCCAAUGGCUGGAAGACUGCUUAGCCUCCAGCUCCUCCAGUAGGCCAUGUGGCAUCAUGCAGACACCGUGCCUUUGCUGGGAACCUCCACAACAGCUGAGUGAGGUGGGCAGCUGUAACAACAAUGGGAUAUACCAGGAAAACUGCACACCGAGCGUGAAAGACACUGGAAAAGAUGCCGAGAUCAAGGGUGGUGGCUGGGGGGUGUGGGGUCGGUGGUCGGAGUGCAGCAGCGACUGUGGAGGAGGGGCUCAAACACGCAGCCGGACCUGUCAGUCAUCCCCGGAGGACUCGUACCUGUGUGAAGGUGUCGUGGAGGAAGGCCGGCCCUGCAGCUCACAACCCUGUGCCGGCACGGGCCGUCAUCUGUCUCGUAGCCAGUCGCUUCGUUCAGUGGACAGCCGUAAGCGUGAGGACGUGGACAAGACACGUGUUGGACAGCAGACACCACAGACAGUGGAUUCAGCCUCAGGUGAUGAGUGGUCUGCGUGGAGUGUUUGUUCAGCAACGUGUGGGGAGGGGUGGCAGAGCCGCACACGUUUCUGUGUGUCUUCGUCCUACAGCACCCAGUGUAGUGGUGCACUGCGUGAGCAGAGACCCUGCAACAACUCUGCCGUUUGCCCAGUUCACGGUACUUGGGAUGAGUGGUCACCCUGGAGCUUGUGUUCAUCCACCUGCGGCCGAGGUUACAGAGACCGAACACGCACCUGCAAGCCACCUCAGUUUGGAGGAGACCCCUGUCUGGGCCCAGAGAAACAGACCAAGUUCUGCAAUAUUGCUGUCUGUCCAGUGGAUGGAGUGUGGAAUGAGUGGUCCAGCUGGAGCUCCUGUUCCACAUCUUGCUCCAACGGCACCAUGCAGCGCACAAGGGAGUGUAACGGCCCCUCCUAUGGCGGGUCUGAGUGCCGGGGCGAGUGGCUGGAGACUGUGGACUGCUUCCUAGGGGACUGCCCCGUGGACGGCAAGUGGCAGUCCUGGUCAAUGUGGGCAAGCUGUAGCAAGACAUGCGGUGGGGGGAGCCAGCAGAAGCAGAGGGUUUGUUACGGGCCCUUCUUCGGAGGCCAACCUUGUCCUGGUGAGCAAGAGGAGGUCCGUCGUUGCAAUGAAAAGAGAUGCCCAGAACCCCAUGAGAUUUGCAGCGAGGACAAUUUCUCCAAUGUUGUAUGGAAGAUGACUUCUGCUGGGAACACGGCUGCAGUGCGCUGCCCUCCGAAUGCCAUGGGACUUAUUCUGCGCCGGUGUACGCUAGAUGAGGAAGGCAUUGCCUACUGGGAGAAUCCCACAUAUAUGAAAUGCAUAUCCAAUGACUACCGCAGCAUCCAAACUAUGACUCGGGAACAUCUGUCAAAGGCACAGCGAGGCCUUGUGGGAGAUGGAGUUUCUGAGGUGAUGACCAAGCUGAGGGUGACAACCAGUGAUGGGACCAGCUACAGUGGUGACUUGUUGGCCAUUGUAGAUGUCCUGAGGAACAUGACAGAGAUUUUCAGGAGGGCUUAUUACAGCCCCAGCAGUGCAGACAUAAGGAACUUUGUCCAGUCAGUUAGCAACCUGCUAAUGGAAGAGAACAGGGAGAGGUGGGAGGAAGCACAGCUGCUGGGGCCGAAUGUAAAAGAGUUGUUCCGUCUGGUUGAGGACUUUGUGGAUGUCAUCGGCCUGAGGAUGAAGGACUUUAAGGACAUGUAUGAAGUCACGGAUAACCUAGUUUUAAGCAUCCAUAAACGACCAGUUGUAGGUAAUGCUGAUAUCAGCUUUCCUAUGAAGGGGUGGAGGGGCAUGGUAGAUUGGGCUCGCAGCUCUGAGGACAGAAUCACAAUCUCCAGGAACAUGCUGUCCACUGGAAAACCAGAUUCUGAUGACACCUCAACUUUUGUGACCGGCAUUGUUCUGUACAGAAACCUUGGCAGCAUUUUGUCUCUACAAAGCUCCUCGUUGCUCGGAUCAUGGUCCGUCAGGGGCUGCAGAGCCCUGAUUGUCGACUCAUUCAGAACCAAAUGCGUGUGUGACAGGCUGUCCACCUUCGCCAUUUUAGCACAGCUAAAUCCUGACAUGAACAUGGAUAAGACACAGCUACCAUCAGUGACUCUGAUCGUGGGCUGUGGCGUGUCCUCCCUUACGCUUCUGCUGCUCAUCAUCAUCUAUGUGUCAGUCUGGAGAUAUAUCCGCUCUGAGCGCUCAGUGAUCCUCAUCAACUUCUGCCUCUCCAUCAUUUCCUCCAACGCCCUUAUUCUCAUUGGCCAGACACAGACAAGAAAUAAGGUUCUGUGCACACUGGUGGCUGCGUUUCUUCAUUUCUUCUUCCUGUCCUCCUUCUGCUGGGUUCUGACGGAGGCAUGGCAGUCCUACAUGGCAGUGACUGGCCGUCUCAGGAAUCGCAUCAUACGCAAACGCUUUCUAUGUCUCGGCUGGGGUCUCCCAGCCCUGGUGGUGGCAGUGUCUGUGGGCUUUACCAAGGCUAAGGGAUAUGGAACCUCUAACUACUGCUGGCUCUCUCUGGAAGGUGGUCUUCUCUAUGCAUUUGUGGGACCUGCUGCAGCUGUAGUCUUGGUUAACAUGGUUAUCGGGAUUCUUGUUUUUAACAAACUGGUUUCCAAAGACGGCAUAACUGAUAUGAAACUGAAGGAGAGGGCGGGGGCUCAGCAGUCAGGAUCACAUCAGUGUCAGAGACCCCCUCUCAUGCCAUCCUUGAUUGGUCAGAUGACAGUGCCACUGUACAAUAUGACGCUCAAAUGUGCCAAGUGCGGAGUUGUCUCUUCGGCUGACGUUUCCACCACAGCUACCAGUAACGCCAUGGCAUCGCUGUGGAGCUCCUGUGUGGUCUUGCCCCUGCUGGCCCUGACGUGGAUGUCUGCUGUUUUAGCCAUCACUGACCGGCGCUCUGCCCUCUUCCAGAUCCUCUUUGCUGUCUUCGAUUCAUUGGAAGGCUUUGUUAUUGUCAUGGUGCACUGCAUCCUGCGGAGAGAGGUGCAGGAGGCCGUUAAGUGCCGUGUUGUGGACCGGCAGGAUGAUGCUAAUGGAGACUCAGGAGGAUCCUUCCAGAAUGGUCAUGCUCAGCUCAUGACUGACUUUGAAAAAGAUGUUGACAUUGCUUGUAGAUCUGGUACGCUGAAGCGCUCCUCCCUCCAAGGGGAGGAAAAAGCCUCCUCUGGGACUGUCACACUUCAGAAGGGUCCUAACUUCAACACCAUGCCAGCUAGCAUGGCCAAAGUUCACCUCCAGAAUGUGGCCAACUACACCAGCCACACACUGACCCUUCGCAGGGAGAAGGGUGCUGCCAAAGGCAUCAGCACUGAGCUGCCAGGGGCCAAGUCAAUCUAUAUCUGUGAUGGUGAGCUCUUCAAGCAGCUAGAUGGAGAGCUGGCUCGCGGGUCUGGUGAGGGGAGUGGCCCUGAGGGUGCGGGCACAGGCCCAGGGUAUGUGUGUCUGCCCACCAACAACACAGGCACCCUUAAGCCUGCCAAGGGCAAAGAGGACCAGACGUCAAAGUACAACAUCAGCAUAGAGCAGCUCCCCCAAACCAGGCUCAUCCACCUGGCCAACCCUGCCAGUGCUGAACCUGUGCCUGGCUUUGGGCUGAAGAGCCUGCCCGCUGACCAGGUCAGUGUUUCCUGUUCAGAGAGAGACUCACCAAUCCACAACCUGCAGAAUAUUUCCCGAGACUCCCAGGUGGCCAACAGCAUGUGUGAUGGAGGUGACUCUGGGAACUCUGGUAUGAUGUCCAAGAGUGAGACUGUCUCCACACUGUCCAUGAGUUCUCUGGAGAGAAGAAAGUCACGCUAUGCUGAACUUGACUUUGAGAAAAUAAUGCACACCCGCAAACGUCACCAGGACAUGUUCCAGGAUCUGAACAGGAAGAUUCACAGUGCAGAUAAAGACAGAGAAUCUCCACCUGUUGAUGGCAAGGCUGCCAAAAGAUGGAGCGUGUCCUCUGCCAGCAGUGACAAGACUAACAUGAGUGACAAGCAGCAGACACCCAGCAAGAGGGCUUGGGAGGGCAUCAGGAAGACCCACUCUCCCCCAUCCUGGGUAAGGAAGGACCUGGAGACGGUAGCGGCAUCACCCCUGGAGAUGCAGACUGUGGAGUGGGAGAAGGCCAGCGCCACCAUCCCUCUGGUGGGCCAGGAGAUCAUGGACCUGCAGACAGAGGUGUGA